UUUGGUUCGUGAAAUGUCACGUUCUGUGCCUUUAAAACUAGUUUCCUUUUCCGCGAGAGUCCAUUUUGUUUCUCUUUACUAAGUAAGGUUAAGCGAGCCAAAAUGUCGUCACAUUUAGUUUGGGGAAUUAUCCGAAACAAUAACGCCUUUCUAUUGAAGAAAAUGAACAUUUCCAAACCAUUCAGUACGGAACCCAAUAACUUGACAAAUCUCAGUUCCUAUAGAUAUAAUGGAAUCAUCCACAAAAAAUCUGUAGGCAUAGUAGAUGCAGCUGACAAGAAGGGUUUCACAGUUGUUUACAAAAAAGCCAGUAAACAGCGCAAACCCAAACAAAGCACUGUCAAGAGGACAAUGAAAUCUGGUCCCAGGCGAUCCCUCUACAAGUUGAAGCGUCUUUUGAAAGCAAAUAAGUACCGCACAGACCUUACUAAGGCCGCUCUUCGUAGGGCAAGCGCAGUACUUAGGUCACAGAAGCCCCUUCCUGCCAAAAAGACCAAGGCAAAGAAGGAAUAAAUAAAUUUUUGUAAGAUCGAUCAAUAAAAAUUUAAUAAAAAUA